AUGAUGACUUCAAAUGAAACUCAAAUUGAGAAUGUACUUCUCUGCUAUCCACUCCGACCGGAUUCCUGUCCAAAACUGCAUAGUCUUACUGUUGUUAAAGUGGCAAUGUAUGCUUUCUUUGUGCUGAUGAUCCUCACAACAGUUUUUGGGAACCUGCUGAUCAUCAUCUCAAUCUCUCACUUCAAACAGCUUCAGUCUCCAACUCAUCUGAUCGUUCGUUCUCUGGCUGCCAGUGACUGUCUGCUGGGCUCUUUGGUCAUGCCGUAUAGCAUGGUGCGAUCUGUUGAAGGCUGCUGGUAUCUGGGAGAUUUUGUGUGUAAAGUUCAUUCUAGUUUAGACAUGAGCUUCUGUAUCUCCUCCUUACUGCAUCUCAGUUUAAUAUCUGUUGACAGGUACUGGGCCAUUUGUGACCCUCUGAGGUACAAAAUGAGGGUCACAAACAACACUGUGAAUGUUUUUACAACCUUCAUAUGGCUGUUUUCAUUUCUCUACAGUUUUUAUGUUGUGUUUUCAGGUGUAAACACAAUUGGUUUGGAGUUGUUUAUCAUGCAGGUUUAUUGUGUGGGAAGUUGUGUUCUGUUUUUUAACAAGCAAUGGGGUAUUAUAUGCCCUAUUCUCACCUUUUUCCUUCCCGGGACAAUCAUGAGCUCUCUGUAUAUAAAAAUCUUCCAUGUUGCACGAAAACAUGCAAAGGUUAUUUCAGAAAGUGUGACUGGAGGGUUGAAGAGCCAAAGCUCAGCUCACCGAGAGAGAAAAGCAGCUAAAACUCUGGCCAUUGGCAUGUGUGUUUUUUUGUUCUGCUGGCUGCCAUGUUUUACUGUUACUGUUCUUGACCCUUUUUUCAAUUUUUUCACCCCAGCUGUUGUUUAUGAUGCUCUAAUUUGGUUUGCAUAUUUGAACUCCACUUGUAACCCGUUGAUCUAUGGUUUUUUCUACCCUUGUUUUCAGAGUGCAUUUAAGAUUCUCAUUUCCACUUACAUCUGUGGCAACAAGGAUUCAAACGCUACAACAUUUAAAUGA